AUGGUUGCAAAUCAACAAGCACACGUAACCUCAUUGGUUCUUGAUGCCACACCUUUAAUCACGCAAUCGUAUACGCACUAUCAGUACUAUGCAAAAUCAUUCUACACAACGCCAACCGUCUUUCACGAAAUCAAAGAUGAACAAGCAAGAAAGAACUUGGAAAUCUGGCAGAGCUUGGGAACCUUGAAGUUGAGACAUCCCAGUACGACCUCUAUCAAGAGGGUUAGUGAUUUCGCCAAACUUACGGGUGAUUUUUCGGUACUGAGCGCUAACGAUAUUCAUAUCAUUGCAUUGACGUAUGAGCUCGAGGCUGAGCUGAAUGGAGGUGACUGGAGGCUGAGAAAGAAGCCAGGUGAUACUUUGGAUGAAUCAAGGAAAAUUGAGAAGCAAGAAGUCGUUGCACAAAGAAGUAAGGAUGACAGUAAGAAGAAAAAACGCAGAAGAGGAGGAAAGAAACAAAGAGAGAAGAGAAUGGCAGCUGCUGCUAGUAUGGAAACUGAAACUGUUCAAAAAGAAGGGAAAUCUCUUGAAGAUGAAGGGAACGGUGAGGUGAACGCCUCAAAAGAAGAGACUGUCAUCGGCGAAACACAACCCUCAGUUUCGACUGAUGCGUCACAGGUGGUUCUGGACCACUCCGAAGCAGGUGACACAGAGGAAGUACCAAUACAACCCGAGGCUACCGCUGAGGAGAGAGAGAAUGGAGUUUAUUUCGAGGAUGAUGACGAUGGAGACUGGAUCACCCCUGAGAACCUUACUGAGGCUAUGAUUAAGGAUAGCGGUGAGGACACGAGCGGCUCUGGUGUGGGCGAAGACAUCAUAGAAUCUACUAGUCAGAUCCUCAAGCUUCCUCAAAACCAAGUUGCUCUUGCAACUGGUGAUUUUGCCGUUCAGAAUGUUGCACUGCAGAUGAACUUAAAUCUCAUGAACUUUAUGUCUGGCUUGAGAAUCAAGAAGCUACGUAACUACAUGCUGAGAUGUCAUGCAUGCUUCAGGCUUCUGCCGAUCCCCAAGGACGGAGUUUCCAAACAUUUCUGCCCUUCAUGUGGUGGCUACUCUACUUUGAUGAGAUGUGCAGUUUCGGUGGACGCUACCACCGGGGAAGUUACACCACAUCUCAAAGCUAACUUCCAGUGGAACAACAGAGGUAACCGCUAUUCGCUGGCCAGCCCAUUGUCCAAAAACUCCCAGAAGAAGUUCGGAAAGAAAGGUUUCGUACACACCAAACAUCCUCAGGACGUGGUGAUUCUCAGGGAAGACCAAAAGGAAUACGAAAAAGCAGUGAAACAAGAGGACUGGACAAGGAGGCACAAUGAAAAGGUGCUUAACAACUGGAUCGGUGGUGGAUCGGCAGACAACUAUAUCUCCCCAUUUGCCAUUUCCGGAUUAAAGCACCAUUCUGUUCGGGUGGGACGUGGUCGUCACAUCAAUAGCUCGAAGAAAAGGAAAUAG